ACUAGACCAGUCGUGCUUGAGGAGGGAGAUCUGUGCAGGUCUGGAGUUCAGUAGGUCGUGGUUCGGGGCCCGGUAUUGCUCCAUUGUGUUUAGGUUCGAUUGGUGCAGUGUGCAGUUGCCGGUCGUUGUGGUUCUGCGCCUCGUUGCGUUGGAGUUCAACUGUAUCAUGUCGAGAAGAUACGCUCCUGAUAGCCCCUGGCAGAAUGGAAUGCCACCGUUUGGUCUCUGCCAGCAACAGUUCAAUCCAAUGAUGAAUUGUGGCCCCAUGUGGGCGCAGCAUAACCUCCCCUUUAUGGGCGGGAGCAUGGCUCCCGACAUGAGGUUUGGAGGCAACGUUUCCUCUCGUUCGAACUUUAGACGUAACUAUGACCAGCCGGACCGCUACAGGCCACGUCAGGGAUUCAACGACCGUUAUGGAAACCGCCAAGGUGCAUACAAUCGUGGAGACCGUAAACGCCCUGGUCCCAGCGACCGUUCUCGAUCUCCUGCCCCGAAAAGAGCUGCACAGGGGCGUGAUGGCAGCCGAAAGGCAGAUCAGGAUCGGCCUAAGAAGGCAGGUGCAUCUGAAGAGGGUCCUGCAGAGAAUGAGGACACCACUGACACUCAGAAUGAUGACCUCUAUGACCCUGCUGAACCUACCACGGAGGACAUUGCAGAUGGGGCAGAAAAGGCUGAAGGGCAAGACGAGGACGAAUCUGGUGAAGGGGUUCAAGAGGAGGGUGCCAAGGAUGAAGCUGGAGGCUCUCAGUCUCAAGAUGAAAGCGGAGGCACGGGAGGCGGAGAAGAGGGUGCACAACCUGCAGGCAAAUCAGCAGUUAGAUCGGGUGCCAAACCAGGGGCCAAGGCGUCUGGAUCUAAGGCUUCCGAGCACAAAUCUCCCACCAAAGGAGCGGAUGGCAAGGGACAAACUGGAGGUCGUGCACCUGACAAGGCUCGUCAAGAAGGGAUGAGGAAAGGUGGCCAGAAGGACAAGGGCUGGUGUACAGUUUGUGAGGUGCACUUUGAUGGCAGUUUCCUUGACCAUCGCAGAACUGAGGAACACAAGGUGAAGCGGGAUGAGAAGUAUCCGAAGUGUCACCCCUGCAGUAUGGGCUUCAAUAAUCGCAAGCAGUAUGAGCAGCACUGCUCUGGUGACUUUCACCGCAAGAAUGUGGAAAUACUUGACAAUGAAGUGGAUGAGACGGCUGGUCCUUUGGGUGAGGAGUACCUUGAGGAAAUCCCUGCUUAUUUUUGCACAUUGUGCAAGCUCUUGCUGAAAAUUGAACUGAAAUCGCAUCAUUGCUGCACCCAGGGUCACUACAGGAGACACAGAGACAUCAAGCGCAAAGAAGAAGCGGCUCUUAAAGCUAAACUUGCAAAAGAGAAGGCCGAAGAUGAGGAAGAUGAUACGAACCAGCUGGCCUAUACCAUCACGGAUGAAGUAGGAAGUGAUGACGAAGCCAGGGCAGCCUCUGAUGCCAUGGGUGCAGCUGAAGGCACUAAGGGACCCAAGCAAGAUAAGCCUGAUGAGGAGCCUCUUGAGGCUUCGCCAGUGAAAGAGGCUUCGGACACCACACAGGAGCAGCCUGAAGAUAAGCAGGAUGGGGAGCAGCCAGCAGAGGCAGGGGGCGAUGAAAUAAAGGGACAGGACGCCCUUGAGGAGGAUUGCGAGGAGGAAAAAGAGGCGCUUGAGGAUGAGGCUGCUUCCCUCGCCAAUGAGCCCAAAGAGGGCAACGUUCCUGAUACAAAUGGUUGCAAAAACCUGGAGGAAGACAUGGAAGAGCAAAAGCCUGCCGUCGCUGCCCCUGGCUGCAGCGCAGAUCUGCCUGCAACCAACGCAGAUCCUGCUCCCACCAAACCUGCAGCCCCGAAAGCUGCAGCCCCGAAAGCUGCAGCCCCCAAAGUGCCUGCAAAGAGUGUGCCAGCUUCUAAAGCUACUGCCACAGCACCCAAGCUCGCGGCUGCUGCCACCAGGGCACCUGCUGCCAAGACAGGCACUGCUGCGGGCUCAGCUGCCGCGACCUCUGCUCCUGCAGCCUCUGCUACUGCGGCACCUGCACCCGCCAAAAAGCCGGCAACUGUGGCAGGGUCAGCAGCAGCAGCAAGCAGGGGCGCCAUGGCGAGCGUUCGCGGUAGGGGGGCACCCAAAGCAGUCCGGGCACGCAAACGCUAAUGCCCCGCUUUCUUUGUCUCGCGGUCUCCUGGGUGGCAGGCCAUCCGCUUUCCCUCCUGCCAAGCUCUGUUUUUCUUUCACUCCCACUCUCUCUUUUUAGGUCCAUAAAAGCAAAAGGUCAUUUGUCCGACAUCUUGGUUUCUGCUGUCAUCAGUUUGCUUUGUAGCUUUCUAUUAAAGCUAUCCGAGCCUUGGCCAGCACAUUUAUUGACAACUGUUGUCAGCACUCUGCUUACAUGCAAGUGCCACACAUCAGCAUGCUUGAGCACAGGCUGAAAAAAUGUGUGAAUCAAAGCAGCUGGCAUGCUUGUAACUACCGUAUAUUCUGGUGCAAGGGCCCCACUUUUUGCAUUAAUUCUGGCCCAAAUUUGGUGCGCAAGGCUCACGCAUGAGUAAAAUGAAAGAUUUGGAUCUUCCAGGUUUGUCAACCUCAGGAAACCUUUAUUUUAGCUUCAUUUGCUACAUUAUUCAUCAUUGCUUGGACAUAGCGUUAGAGCUGCAGCAGCUGGAAUCUAUUUCUCUGCAAGCGUGCGGCUACAUGUUAAAACUGUCCUUAGACAUUGUGCAGCAUGUAAAGUUUCAUGAUAGAGAUUAAGGGAGGUGGCAUGUUUCAGUUGAUAACACCCAAAUGCUUUUGAAGCAGUCUUCAGACUGCCGUAGCUGUCUGCAAAAAGCUGCAGCAGUUCUGGCUACUGCAGUUUUGCAUGAUUUGCAUGACGUUAAUGCCAUGAGUAUGAUUGGUGGCGUGCAUCUUGUGUGCAGUACACAUGCUUGUCAAGAGCUAGUGUUUAAAAAGAAUCACAGGAGUUCCAACAGAAAAUGGGGCCGAAGCGCAUACUUAGUGCAGAGGAGACGAAGCCAUGGAUUAAGUGUUGAAUGGAGCGGGUCGUCUUUGAUAUGGGGCGUGUCAUGGUUUAACAGUUAAGCAUGUGCUAGGCUGGGAAAGUGUUAAGUAUUUCAAUGCUAUUUGUUUACGCGCAUUGUCAGUGAUCCAAGUGCCGCUCCCUCUACGUUAUCACCGAUCGGUUGCUCAUGAAUGGCAGGCGAGAAAGGAAUAAAAUCGAGCAAAAGGGAUCCUCACAUUAUAGCUUAGUUUUCAAUUUCCUAACACACUGGCAAGGUCUUGGCAUUUCUCACAGAAGUAAAGCAAGCAAAAAAAGACAGCGAUGUGCACCAGUGUGGCAACACAUGCCAGCACACUAAAGAAAAUAUUCUGUAGCUAAUCUCAAAUCACUUUUAUCCUAAAUUACAGGGAAGGUUAUGUGUGUGCUUGAGGCUUGAUACAUGUAUUUUAAAACUUGGGAAGGUAAUGUCUCCUGUGUUGGAACAACUUGAAAAUUCUAGGGUAGGGGUUUCCGAGUCCCCGCCCCCUGCAUAGUCGUCUGUUAAGACAUAGCACCUGAAGGCUCUCGGGGCCGCACGCUGUCUGCUGGGUGUCCCAGCUAUGAUGCACCAAGUUUUCAAGUGUGUAUUAAGUCUUGUGUAACUGCCAGUAAGCUUUUAGUCAGUGACAUGCCAAUAUUGAAAUUAUUUAUGCAACUUUUUAAGUGUUCUUAUUGUAAAGGUGUUAGGUGGUUUUAGAAAACUGUAAGACGUAAAAAAAGAUGUGUCCAUAAAGGUGCGCAUUGCGUGUUUUUCUAGCAAAACGGGAAAGCCUGUGAAAUGUGAAACGUACGAUGUGACUGCUCACCUGUGCGCACAAAAUAGCAGUGCUGUCAAACAGUGUUCGUGGGAAAGCAGCUGUUCAUCUUGGUAUCGCCUUUCAGGGCAGUGCAUUUCUUUGACCUUGAUGUGCAAUACUAUUGCCAAAGCCGUUUGUGCAUUGUGGAAAGAGCAUGUGUGCUAUCGCCGCUGCUUGGCCCAGUAACAGAUCACCAGCUUGCUUUCCCACUUAGUCUUCGAUGGAGCUGUCACCCUAGCGAACGGCCGCGCCAGAAAAAAUAAGUGCGCAAUGUGUACCUUGCUGGGCAUGCCUUAUUUUGACGUCUUUGACGCGCCAUUCUACUCUAGCGGCUGCUGCCUAUGGUGCGGCCGCAGUGGCCCUAUCUUGAAAGCAAUCUGCAAUGAGUACAGUCUAGAUGCGCCUGUGAUUCUUCACUUUUUGCGCACUGUGUUCUCGUCGCUCAGUUCGCGUGGAAGCGAGAGGCAGCACUAAGGUCAGUUUGCUCACACCAGUGUAUCGACAGAGUGUGCCCACACUCAUAGAAAGAUGCGUUUACCUGUGUGUGUGUGUGUGACACCAUGCUUGUUAAUUUAGUUAGCAGCAAAACAAAAACAUUCGCAGCACAAAGCUCGAAGGACUGAUCAGCAGUGUUCAAUUGAGUAUUAAUGCUUUCGCAUUCAGAACUCAUAAGUGCUUAGGUGUCCUUGGAAUUUUUCAAUUGAAAGUUUAGGUCCAAAUUUUAGAGAUGGCUGUCAUGCCAAGGUGGCUUGUCAAAUGUUCUUCCACGUGACAUUUUCAUUUAAUACGCUUUCUAGCAUUAUUGACCAUACUGCAACUUUUCGCUUGACAUUGAGCUUCAAUGACUGCAAUUUGUCCAUGCACAAUGGUGUCAGUAGCCCUCAUUGUGUGAAAAGCACUGUCGCUGUGACAAGCGCGAUUGCAGGUUUCUUGUAAAUAUCACCCACUGAGAACAUGACAUUUGCUUCUUGUAGAAAGCUGCUACUUUUUUGUUUUUGGGUAUUGAGCCAAAUAAAGUUUUCUGUAGUGGUCAUGCCA